GGGGUUUUCCAAUUCGCGACUUAUACGUCAUUCCUAAUUAUUCCAAUUCCUCGUACUUUUCUUUUUCUCUCUUACCAUGGCAGCAAAGAAGCCCGUAAUUGGGUUAUUAGGGGGUGGCCAGCUCGGGCGUAUGCUCUGCGAAGCGGCCGGGCCCUUAGGAAUACCAAUUGCCGUCCUCGACACUGAAGAUUGUCCCGCGAAGCAGGCUAAUCAAAGCAGCUUGCACGUUACUGGAUCUUUCAAAGAUCCCGAGAAGAUCAAGAUUCUCGCUUCCCGUGUGGACUUCCUCACGGUUGAGAUCGAGCAUGUGGAGACCGAGGUGCUCGAAGAGAUCGCAACAAGAGGUGUAGAAAUUCCCUUACCUGAUGGGAGGGGUACAGUCUUAAAGAAGGUCCCCGUGCAUCCAUCGUGGCAGACGAUACGCCUAAUCCAAGACAAAUUCCAGCAAAAGGAAUACUUCGGUAAUAAUGGCAUUCCUGUUGCUGAACAGAUGGCUAUAGAAUCUGGCGAGAGCAGGGCCGAUUCGCUGGACGAAGCAGCUUGGAAGUACGGAUUCCCUUUUAUGCUGAAGGGAAGUAAAGGUUCCUACGACGGUCGUGGAAACUUCAAGGUUAACGGUCCGGAGGACUUGGCUAUUGCCAUACAGCAGAUGGGGGACCAGCCUUUAUAUGCGGAAAAGUGGGUGCCUUUCGAAAUGGAACUCUCAGUCAUGGUCUUACGGACGGAGGAUGAUGAUGGCUGCUUGAAGCACGUCUACCCUUACCCGGUUGUCGAGACUAUACACGAAGACAGCAUAUGUACCAAGGUGUUCUAUCCACCUCGAAACAUACCAGAAGAUGUCAAGAGGCGAGCGCAAAAGGUAGCUAGCGAUGUUGUAGCUAGCCUUUGGGGUCGGGGAGUCUUCGCUGUAGAGAUGUUCUUGCUCGCCGAUGGCCAGAUUCUGGUCAACGAAGUUGCUCCUCGCCCGCACAACUCCGGUCAUUUUACCAUCGAGGCCGUGCCACAAAUGUCACAAUAUAAGGCUCAACUAUACUCCAUUCUGGAUCUUAUCCCACAGAAAGGUGUAAAUCUCAAUGCGCGAGUGCCUUCCGCAAUUAUGCUCAACAUUCUCGGCGGCGCCCUCCCAUCUUCUCACAUUAGAUUGGUGGAACUUGCAGAGAGCACAUAUGAUGAAUUUACGGAUAUAUACGUACAUCUAUACGGGAAGGAAUCGAAGCCGGGACGGAAAAUUGGUCACAUAACCGCCACAGGGUUCUCUUCCGUUGAACGUCUCGCUGAGACCAUAACACCUCUCAUCGAUGUUAUGGAUGAGAUCCGAGCCGAACGCAUUGGUUUGAAGAUUCCUGUGCAGAAGCAAGCAGGACGAGUAAAACCCGUGCCUCUGGUUGCUGUAACCAUGGGCUCUGAUUCGGAUCUGACCACUUUGGCAGCCGGUCUAAAGGUUUUAGACGAGUUCAACGUGCCAUACGAAGUCCGUAUCACGUCGGCGCACCGAACGCCGCAUCACAUGAUGCAAUUCGCAGCAGAAAUGAAAAAAUCAUGCUGUAAGGUUAUCAUUGCAGCGGCAGGGGGCGCCGCGCAUUUACCGGGUAUGCUCGCGUCUGAAGUACAUAUUCCCGUGAUAGGUGUGCCUGUGAAGGCGUCGGUGCUCGAUGGCGUCGAUAGUUUGCACAGCAUCGUGCAAAUGCCAAGAGGCAUUCCCUGUGCUACAGUCGGAAUCGGCAACUCGACCAACGCCGCGCUACUCGCGAUCCGGAUUUUAGGUGACGCAUAUCCCGAAUACGCAGAACGUAUGGUACGAUAUCAGGAGAAGAUGAAGAAUGAGGUGCUGGCCAAAGACGAGAAGAUCCAAUCUUUGGGCUGGCAGGAGUAUCUACACGGGAUGCAGAAGAAAUGAGCGGCGGCUGUCUUCCGACGGUCCAGCAUAGAUGUGGAUCUCGGAAAUCUGUCGAUAUUGUAAAAUUUAGCAGCUAUCGGGCUUAAGAUAGAUAUCGGCACACGCCGGCUUCGUGUGGUUACCACAUUUGGGUAGGAUGUAAAGUUACCCGUAGAGGCUCAGUUAUUUGGGUUUCAAAAUUCGACGUAAAAGCAUACAAUCGUUUUCAACCAACAAGAACAUAUCCCGAUGCUACAAGAAUAUAUUUACGACCAGGUAUCCGACAUCCUGACGAUAAGCGUAUUAUAAAGACUCACGUAAA